AUGGCCACUCUCACAUGUACAGACGCGAGUGAUGGCAACGUCAAGCCCAUUCACUACUCCGAUGAUGCUGCUGCUGGCUCCUCGCCCUUCUUGUACAUACCCUCCAAGGCAGAUGGCAACAGCAACAGCAACGGCUCGUCAAGGCAGAACUAUAUAACGACCUUCCUGUUCGACGACGACGACGACGAGCCCCGGUUUGGCGCCAGAGCUGGAGAUGAUUCCUACUUUCCUGCCUUUCAAAUGACCGAUAUCAACGACCAGACAGAUCUCGCCCUGCCCAGGACGUACUCUGCAACGGGUAGCCCGAUAUCGACCUUCUCCAUGUCUAGUGCCGACGACGACGACGUGCCGGAGGUGCAGAGCUUGAUCAAGCAGACACAGACUCAGCCUUCGACAUCUACAUCUACAUCGACAUCUACAUCGACCAACUCCAAGUCGACCCCUCAGAGGAGCGAUGCUGGUUCCAGAACAUCUUCCUUUUCGAUAGAACGCCGUCGAACGUUGAGAGGGGCCACGGCAUCUCGAUCUCCAUCGUCAACCAGACCCAAGCGUAGCAUACAGCAUCUACGCGGUAAAUCAGGGACAUACGCCAAACUCACCCCUUCACGGUCCGAUGUUGGCACUCCCGGACGCAACGAUCGAGAUCUCCUGGCUCUUCACCGCGAGAGCUGUCUCCUGUUCAGCCAAGCUGGCCAAUAUAAAGAACCGGCCAACCAGAAGGACGGGGAACGUAGACCCUUAUCGACUCGUCACUCCCAGCCACACAUCUCUGCCUCAAACACAAUGAACACAACGAACAUAAACGACUUACGACAUCGCAUACUACCCACCUCCCAACAUUCGGCUUCUACAUCUCCGCUACUCAAACCAGAAAACACCCCUACUUCACCCUUCCAGUCUGACGGCAUACCGUCACCACCCAUCAACCAGUUCACCUGGACCCCUAUCCAUGACCGAACAGACGAAGGCUCUUCAUCCACCGACGCACCACUACCACCACCCCCUCCUCUCCCCAAGACAGUAAUAGACUGGACAUCUCCUUCAACCCGACGACGGGAAUAUGAAAAGAUCGACCGUGCCAGCCGUGGAAUCCGCGGAGCAUGGAGAAAGUUUGCCCCCCAAUGGUGCCAGAGCAAAGACGCACGAGCUCCGUUCUUUGAAGAAUGCAAGACCGGCCGGGCAAAUGAUGAUGGCAGCGUCAGGAGGUUUCGAAUGGAGAUUCCAGAAGAGGACGGCAAUGAUGUUGAUGAACGCCAACGCCAGAAUAGGGGAGUGGCCGUGUUGCGAAACGGUCUUGUUUCGGUGCUUACCAGGCGUAAGUCGGAGCACGAGACUGCAGGCCACGAGAAGACUGCCCUUAAGCCGUGGCGGACGCUGAACCAUCGACGGAAUUCGUCUUUUGUUUAA